AUGCCUUCAUAUGCUAAAUUUUUGAAGGUGCUCCUCACUAAGAAAAGGAAGUACAUUGAAGAGAAAACCAUUGAAGUUCAAGGAAAUUGCAGUGCUAUCAUACAAAAGCUUCUACCUCCCAAGUUGAAAGAUCUAGAAAGCUUAACCAUUCCUUGCACUAUAGGGAAUAUCUCUGUUGGAAAGACACUAAUUGAUUUGGGAGCCAGUAUCAAUCUCAUGCCGCUAUCCAUGUUUGAAAAGAUUGAAGGUUUCGAACUCAAGCCUACUCGGAUGACUCUUCAACUAGUGGAUAGAUCUCUAAAAUAUCUUUAUGGAGUAGCUGAAGAUGUGCUUGUUAAGGUAGAUAAAUUUUUAUUUCCUGUGGACUUUGUUAUCAUGGAGAUGGAGGAGGAUGUGAAUGUACCAUUGAUUCUUGGGGGACCUUUUAUGAAGACUGCAAGAGUUUUGAUUGAUGUCAAAAACGACAAACUGAAGGUAAGAGUGCAAGAUGAAGAAGUCAAUUUUGAUGUUUUUGAAGCCAUGUCUCACCCAACUGGAUGA